CACCGGCGGGCGGGCGGCAGCCGGGAGGCCACGGCGCUGCCCGGGCGGUGGGUCCGGAUGCCCGCAGGAUGGUGCCGGUCCCCGUUGUGGCGCUCUGGGCUCUGCUUCCCCUCCUCACCCGGGCAGACCAGCCCCCCGUCACUGUCACCGUCACCGCGGCCAUCGGCGAGGACGCCUGUCUGCCCUGCAGCCCCCAGCCCUGGGGACACCUGCGCGGGGUCACCCUCAGCUGCACCCACCAGGCCGGCGAUCGCCCCCCCGUCCCCGUGCUCAGCCACCGCCUGGGCGGGCACCCGCCCGCGGAGCCCCCAGGCCGCUUCGGGGGCAGGGUCUCCUUCUGUGCCGUGGGGACGGGGGACAGCGGUGUGUCCCUGCUGCUGAGGAACCUCAGCCACCCCGAUUUCGGGAAUUAUUCCUGCUACGUGGCUCGUGAUGCUGCCCCGCAGCUCCUCUGCUCCCUGGAGCUGCAGCCCGCCGUGGCAGCAGAGGCCCCGGAGGCCGUGGAGCCGGACAUGCUGCUGGUGGUGUGUGUGCUCACGGCCACCUUCACCGCCGCCGCCAUCGCCGUCCUGCUCUGCACCCGCUGCGGGCGGCGCUGCCGGGGGGGCACAGCGCGGGGACCAGCCCAGGGCUCCGGAGCUGCGGAUGGAGGAGAAGGAGGAGCCGUGGCCUUGGGUGACCUGAAGACUCUCCACACCUGAGGCCACCCCCAGCCCCCGGACAGGUCCAUGUGUGACACCGGCACAGGACACGGCCCUGACUGCCCCAAAUGGGGGGGCAGGGCUGGGGUGAUGCUCUGGGCAGGGGGGCAGGCACAGAGGGGCAGGAUGGGUGCCAGGGGGUGGGUGCAUGAUGGUUUGGUGCAGGGGGCUCUGCUCGGACCCUGAGGGAUGGGCAGGGGCAGCUCAAGGUCUCCCUACCCUUCGGGGGACAUCUGAACCCCAGGGUCCUACAGCCAGGGGGGCCAAACCCUCA